AUGGAGGACGCCCAAUGCACUGCGAAAUGGGCAAACCGUGUCCUGCGCCCCUUGACCUCCAUCUGCCGUCGAAUCGCGAAGCACAAAGAAACGUUGUUGAUGAUCGCGACCGAGUCGAAACUACAAGAGAAGGCACAAGAAACAGACGCGUCUGCUCUAGAAUCCCGACUGAACGCUGCAAGCGGACGAAACUGCCCAGACUCGGAUUUGGACCCGGACGAGACCGACCCAGCAUGGAUUCCAGGGAGAAAGUCCGAGCGACGCAAAGCCAGACAUAAGUAUUCGUCCAAAACAGAGGAAAACGGCGGCAAGAAGCGCACUAGACUGUCGAUAAGAAGUCCGGAGUCUCCGCGCACCCUGCCUGGUGCCAUUCAGGUCGCGACACCGCUCAUCACGGGAAGGAGAUGGGAGAUGCCCUCGAGUGCGCAGUCACAACGCUCUGUAGGCCGGAUCGACCCGAACGCCCAGUCACCGCAACCGCAAGCCUUCCGCAAUCGAUACUCAUUUCACAAAAGUCCCUGGCAAGAACUUUUGGACCAGUCUGGUGACCCGGGCUUCGCCCACAUCGCCCGCAAUCUUGAUCGUGUCUUCCAGAACUUCCUUUACAAUACAGCCACCUCGAGACGUGAAGGAAAGCUCUCACCCGAAACCCCAAGGCGUGGUGCACGCUCGUUGCUGUCGAUGGUGGCGCGAAGCUUACCUGACUUUAUUGCGAAGGAACAAGAAGAGCAGGAUGAGUUGGACGAGGAUGGGGACGAAGAUAUGUGCGAUGCAUACUUUACAGAGUUGGAAGCAUACUAUGCGCCUUACGGGAAUGGUUGGAAGCCACUCCGGGAGGCGGUCCGCGCCCAGGGCAUCUACUUGGUUUCUACUAUGAUUCAGAAUCAUUGGAUAACAGACGCAAUUGCCUGCGCGCUGAUUGAAAAAUGUCGUUCAUUUGCACCCGAAGAAAGUGAUUUAUUGCUCUCCACAUUGCUUUCCACCCGCAACAGUUAUUCAUACCCCCAGGGGGUAAGACCAAUAGUUGACCAUGACCCUUCGGACCCUAUCCGGUUAUUGCGCAAAUAUGCCCAACAUGGCGCUGCCAGUCGCUCUUACAUUUUUGAUGAACUGGCAAAGCUUCUGUUACGGGGUGUGCUGCCCCCAGAGUGGAUGGGAACCAAAUUAUGGACAAGCUGGAUGACCAGAGCUACCAUAUCCGUUUCGAAAGAGGAUGAGGACUUCCCGGCGGCCUCACGAUUGAUUGAAGCAGUGCUGCUCUCGGCUAGCGAUGUUCGCCUUGAUUUGCCUGCCCAGUCUUCUCCCUCGAAGCUGCCAGUUAAGCGAAAGACUGCUCGUGAUUGUGCCCGUGCGACUCGGGCAACCUCCACUGAACCGGAAAUGUCGAACCUCGUGCGGCCGUGCCCCUUGCAGGUGGAAGAUGCACUUAGCAAUCAUGUCAUCAGUCUCAUGGGAGCGCUCUGCGGUAUGCAUAUUUCACGGUCUCGUGCCAGUGAUGACAUUUGUCGCGCGGAUGGAACGAAGGCGACCCAUCUCAUCAGCUAUAUCCAUAUUGCUUUACAACGACAUUUGGCAUCAGAGUCUGUAGGGCAGCGGCCCUCUAUUACCCCUCACCAGUUAUUGCGGCGUGGCUGCGUCUUGAUGGCCGCCUGCCUUGUACAGUGCAACGACACCAUUUUAUUGGAUGACGAUCAGCAUAUGAUAACGCCGAUUGCCAGUGUUGAUGAAUGUGCAGAGAUCAUAGCAUCUCGCCCAGACAUGAUCAAAGAGUUAGCGUUAUUUGUGCAACAAGCAUUCCGCUGCCUUAGGGUUAGAGCAACCGCACCAGAUGAGCCCGAACACACUGGUGAAGACAUACGGGACAUGGUUUCGCGACUCACCUGCCUAGCCGACACCCCAGGCUUGUCUGCUUUCCUUGGACGAAGCGCUGCAGAGGCGGCCAUGAUCUUUGCAGAAGCUACAGGUGAUCCGGAUGACCACGUGUGGGCUGUCGAUGUCCAAGAGGCGGUCGUCGCAAGGCAAAGGCAGAAAGAAACCCCGGAAGACUCUGCAGAGCAGCCGGAGCAGUCUAGUCAGAGCAUGGGUCUGUUCCGCUGGGAAGAUAGCAUAGGCGAGUGGGUGGCACGUACACCAGUAUCGAAGAGAAAGCCGAUAAUAAUAGCGCAAGUGGCCCAAAGACCCAUGCGCAUGCUAUCAAGCCCAAUGCCAUCUAGCGCAUGUUCUACAGAUACGGAGAGCGGUUCAUCGGAACCUGGUUGGGUCUCGGACUCUGCCUCAAGCCUCACCUCAUCACCUCCGCCGAUGGCGAUUAAGCGAACGUUCGAGAACGUUGAUUCCUUAUCUACGCAGCCCCGGAAACGACGACGACCCACUCCCGUGAUCAUAGUUGACAGUGGUGAACGGCGCGACUCAAGACAGUCUCUUACCCCAACUCGAUUGAAUUCUACUGUUCAGCCAGUCGCUCGCCGUGACGUCCUGCGAGAACGCAGCAUCAAUAUCACUAGACGAACGGCUACUGCAGCAAAGCAGUCGAGCAAAGUCGAAGUCGUCAUCAUCAACGAUAAAGAAAGCAGCCCGGGCCUGCCUAUCGUCCGACCUACUCCGGAGCGUGUCGCAAAGCAGGUUCAUCGUACAGUGGAGCGGUCAAGGUUUACGCGCCAUCCAAUUUCAACUAUGCGCCCGAUUGUCGAGCCACUUGUUCGCCGACAGACAAUCAUUCCCUAUCCCCAGGAUGACGACAGUGAUGACGAGCUUAGCUUCCUCUAA